UAUAGAAGAAGAAGAAGAAGAAAUUACGAUGAAAGAAUUUGAUAAAGAAGAACAACCCCUUACAUUCUCUUCUUCUCUACUCUUAAAUCUAUACGUCGGCCACUUUUUAUCCAGAUGGGGUGCCAGGAUGUGGGAAUUCUCGAUUGGUUUAUACAUGAUCAACGUGUGGCCAAAUUCGUUACUUCUCGCUGCAACUUACGGUGUCGUAGAAUCCGCCUCCACUGCAUUAUUCGGUCCUUUCAUCGGUCACUGCGUAGAUAAGUUGUCGUAUAUUCAGGUUCUCCGAGUUUGGCUGUUGAGCCAGAAUCUCUCGUUUGUUAUUGCCGGUGGUGCUGUAAUUACGAUACUGACCUUCGCAGAUUUGAAGUCUGCAAAUUAUGCAGCAUUCGUGUCUCUUGUCGUAUUAAUUAAUAUCUCCGGAGCAGUUGCAGUGCUUUCCACUCUGGCUGGAACCAUUUUGGUUGAAAGAGAAUGGGUGGUUGUGAUAUCAGAAGGGCACCCUCCGGAAAUUCUGACAAAGAUGAACUCGAUAAUAAGAAGGAUCGAUCUGACAUGCACGCUAUUUGCUCCUGUAGUAACUGGCUUCAUUAUCAGCUUCGUAUCUCUAAAUGCAUCGGCUGUGACUUUAGCACUGUGGAAUGUAUUAUCUGUUUUCUUACAAUAUUGGCUUUUAACGUCCGUGUAUAAUGGGAUUCCGGCUUUAAGAUACGUCAGCCAAAAAAGGGUAUCAAGAUCUUCGAUUACGGAAGUAGGUGAAGGCACACUCACUAAUCAAGAACAAAAACAAUUGAUUUUUUCAGAUACAAACGAUUCCAAUCAGCCCCUAGGCAGCAGCUCGAAAGGGACGAUAAUCGAGCAGUUUCUGAAUCUUUCUUAUAUCAGUGCAUGGAGAUUGUAUAUUAAGCAAGAUCAUGUGGUUCUGCCAGGAUUAUCGCUUGCUCUGCUGUAUUUUACUGUACUUGGCUUUGGUACACUAAUGACUGCUGCUUUGGAGUGGCAAGGUAUACCUGCUUAUGUCAUAGGAAUUGCACGCGGAAUAAGUGCUAUAGUCGGUAUAGCUGCUACAUUUUUGUACCCUGUUUUACAAUCUCGUACUUCGACGCUCCAAACAGGUCAUUGGUCUAUCUGGUCUCAGUGGACGUGUCUCUUGUUAUGUGUAGCUUCGGUAUUUGUGAAGAAUAAAGUAAUAUCGGCAUAUAUUUUAAUGGGUGGAGUGGCCUUAUCGCGCCUCGGAUUAUGGAUGUUUGAUUUGUCCGUUAUUCAGCAAAUGCAGGAUCACGUAGCGGAAUCUGAUCGAUGUAUUAUUGGUGGCGUUCAAAACUCGCUUCAGUCUAUACUGGACUUGAUGACUUACAUUAUGGGAAUAGUAAUCUCCAAUCCACAGGAUUUUUGGAAAUUGACAAUGUUGUCCUUCCUAGUGGUGACGAUGGCAGCUGCGUUAUACUGUGUGCAUGUAUAUCGUGUGAGGAAGCAUCUUUUUCACUUUGACAAGCUAUUUUCGAUAAAACAGAGGUUUUUCUCUAAGCUAUAUGAUUUUGUUUUUGUAUAAAUGUUUGAUGGUAUGUAUGUAUUAUAAUAAAUUGCUAUUUAGAGCAUAAACUUGUGAAUCCCCUUUGAAUAGACUUGUGUUGUAGGAGAGUGAAAUAAUCGAACCGAACCGAAUCGA